GGCAAUGGCAAGUCCUAUAUACAACUAAUUUUUUUAUCAACUUUGUCUCAUUUCUCUAGAGCCUCCCUAUUGGCAAAAGUUCCCCAUAAUUGGACAGUAGAGGAGCUACUGGGUUUCUUAUCAGCUGCAAAUUUAUUGAGUUAUUAUCUAUAAACUUGAGUUGUUAACCACUAUGAAUUAUUUUGAAUUAUGGUUACCAUGGGGGUAUGUGGACCUUUCAGACACGGCUGUACCCAUAAGCUGCCCCUGGCUAUCGAUGGGUCCAGGGUCGUGAAGUUGUUGGUACUGUACUGGUAACUUAAUCCGAGCAAAAAUUUUCUCUCCUCUUGUUGCGUCAGCCAUGUUCAGGGAAUCGCACUAACCUACUCAAUCACCCUUGUCCACCGCUACAUUACAUACAUAUUAUAUACCUUAACCGCCCUAGAGCCUUUGCUUUAGCCGUCAUGAAUCUUUCUUCAGAAUUUGAUCGUUUUGGGGGAUACUCAACGAGCAUGAAGGGAAAACGUGCUUUGACGAUUGUUAUCAAGCUUGGAACUUCAUCUAUCUGUGACGAAAGGACUCACGACCCGUUGCUGUCGAACCUAUCACUGCUGGUUGAAACAGCAGUUAGGCUUAGGAGAGAUGGACAUCGGGUUAUCCUAGUCUCCUCGGGGGCUAUUGGGAUCGGGCUUAGGAGGUUAGAUAUUGAGAAAAGGCCUAAACAUCUUUCUGCUGCGCAGGCUAUUGCGGCGGUCGGCCAAUGCAGAUUGAUUGCGCUUUGGGACGCGCUGUUUACCCAGCUUCAGCAGCCGGUUGCACAGGUUCUAUUGACGAGGAAUGAUAUUGCUGAUAGGACUCAAUACCUCAAUGCUUCGAACACCUUUGCCGAGUUGCUGAGCAUGGGUAUCAUUCCCAUUGUCAAUGAGAACGAUACUCUGGCUGUCAAUGAAAUCAAAUUCGGCGAUAACGAUACGUUGUCGGCAAUUACUGCUGGCAUGGUAAAUGCGGAUUAUCUAUUCCUUAUGACGGACGUGGAUUGUUUGUACACGGAUAAUCCAAGGACCCACCCGAAUGCGCAGCCUAUUGAGGUUGUAGAGGACAUUUCGACUCUUAAAGUUGACGUAUCCAGUACUGGCUCGACACUAGGCACCGGCGGCAUGGCCACUAAACUCACAGCGGCCCGCCUAGCUACCUCCGCCGGCGUAACCACAAUAAUCACCCGGUCCUCAAUCCCCAGCAACAUCUUCCACAUAGUCGCGUACAUCCAAUCCCUCAAAGAAGCCGAUCCCAACACACAACCGCAAACCCCCACCAUACCGCCGUCGCACCCUCUUCACACCCGCUUCCUGGCUAAACCUCGCGCUCUCCGCGACCGCUAUUUCUGGAUCCUCCACGGGCUUGCCCCACACGGGACUGUAUACAUCGACGAGGGCGCGUAUGGUGCUCUUACUCGCAGGGACAAAGCCGGCUUGCUCCCGGUCGGGGUAGUGGAUGUUGCAGGGACGUUCGCGCAGCAGGAGGCUGUUAAUUUGGCUGUUGUUCAGAGGAUCGUCGGCGGUGGGUACGUCAUUAAGGGGCCGGAGGUGGGAAAGGCGUUGGUGAAUUACUCUUCCACUGAGAUUGCCAGAAUUAUGGGGCAGCAGAGUUCUAAGAUCCAGGAACUAUUGGGGUAUGCUGGUAUGUAUUUCCAUCUUCUUUCUUCUCCUUUUAUUCUUCCACGUUGGUAGUUGAAUGUAGGGCUAAUUAAUAAUGGAGCAGAUUCGGAGUAUAUCGCGUAUAGGGAUAACACCGCCUUCUUUGCUAGUAGAGCGGAGGAGCAGCGGCCACAACAAUAGUAGUGGCAAUGGUGGGGUUGUGACAUCUGCGGCGUGUUGCAUAUAUGCCACAGUUGGGGAGAUGAGUUCGCACAAAAAGGGCGGGGAUAGAUUGGCGUUUUU